GGAAAGAGAGAGAAUCAGGUGUAUGGAGAAACAUGGAUGUGUUCCACUGUGGUCACUGAAACAGUUUAAUCCCGCCAUUUGUAUGUAUUCUGUUUGUGGUAAACUGCAGCAUCAUAGCCUUGUAUUGUACAGGUUUUUCCAGCUCUGGUGGACGUAAUAAAAUCCUUUGCAUGAUGAUCAUGUUAAACGCAGCAUUUUGCCUUAAGCUAAACUGGAGUGGCUGUGAAAGACAAGACUUAAGCUCAAACUAUCAGAUUUGUUUGGUUGCUAAUCUUGACAACAAAUUGCUUUAAAUUGACAUUAGAUGUCAUUUUUUCAUGACAUAGUGAGCCCCUGGGGAGAGAUAGGGAUUCAGGUUUGUGACUAACUCGCACUGAGGUCACAGACAAAACCACAGAUUUGACUUGGAGACUUAAAGAUAUUCUUUAUUUGUAAUUAUUUCUGUGAAGAGGUAAGAGCUUUGUUGAGUGCAGUAGUUUGAUGGAGUCGUAGGCAGCUCUCUUUGGAGGAAAGGCUAAAUUAAAGUGUUUUUGCUGAUUGCUGCCUGUGAUGUAGUGCGUAGAUUAUUUUAGUCAAUGAAGUAAUAAAGUAAGCAGAAAAAAACAAUAAUUACUAAUUAUAAGCAAAGCAAUAAAGCUUUCCGUGCAAAGCGUGCUUUUGUACCUUUUGAUGACAGUUAUCUGCUUCUUUUUGCUGGGCUUUUCCAAUUGCAGAGCUGGUUUUUGUAAUGCAGAGAAAGGCUUUGAUGAGCAGAGCUGACUGUCAGGUGAUUUGCAUGCAAUGGACAAAGACCUUCCUACUUCCUGGUCAGUUGUUGCUGCAUGCUCUGAAUUACAGCUGCUUCUACUUCACCUGAAACUCUCAUUCACAGCAGUGUGGUUCUCCCUGACAUUGUUUGGACUCAUAUUUAGCUGGACUAAGCUGAAAUAGAACUAGCUGUGCUGCUUUUGGAGGCCUGUUGUGAGUAAGGCCUGCUAAAUAUUAAUAAAGCAACUAUUACAGGUUAGAUUUGCGUUUCAACAGGUCUGUUUGACCUAUCAUCUUCAUUAACAUGUCAGUUUAACCUCAACUUGAGCUUUCCGUGUUGAUUCACAAAUAUUAAUCAUGUCAGAUGUGAAUGAUUAAUGUGUGCUACAAAUAGUUACACGCACCUUUACAUGCCUGCCUCAUACUCAUCUUAGAACUCUGUGUUUGUCAUUUGCGUUUCAUCAGACCCUAUGAUGAUGAUGAAGCGGAACAUGCUUUAGUUCUAAGAAAUGGGCUUUAUGUGAUUUUCUUUCUGAGGGUUCACAUAGCAGUGGGCCUGUUUUCACUUUAUUUUGAUGCAGCUCUUCUAAUCUGUCAUCUUAUACGUGUGUGUUUGCAACAAAGCUGAGAACCCUAUUUCCCACCUGUUAAACAAACACAGCACUGGAAUCUUACACCUGACAGCCGCUAAUCCUAUUCAGGCAGAAUCUGGUAAUUAUAUGAUACAUGAUAUUGAAUUAUACUGCAAGUGAGAAAGCACCCUUGUAAUAGCAGCAGCGCAUAACUGGUCUUUUGAUGAGUUGAUGACUGUCUUAGUUUGCCUCUAACUGUAAAGACCCUAUGACUUUAUGUAAUGCCCUCAUUGUUUAACUGUGGUUAUAGAGUUAUGGGACUUUUCCUUAUGUAAGGGAGAUGCCAGCGAUGAUUACAUGGAAUGAAACCACAUCUGAUUUUGACAUCCUAAAGCUUAAAUUAGCUAAUAUAAAAUCAUUAUGAAAUGUAAAAUGCUUGUGUUCAUGUAUACUGUGAAAUGCAUGCAAUGGUUUUUAAAGGUCCAUCUAUGUUUGAACAGAGCCACGUCAUCAGUAUCCGGCUGCCGCACUAGUGUAUUCCACAGCCAACAAAUGCAUCACAGUUUGUUUAUGUAUAUUAAUGCUUAAAACCACAGUCAGAUCAGUAAAUUAAACAAAAGUGAGCUGCAUGAAAACCAUUCUCAUUAGAUCUGAAUGGACUCUAUCCCCUCACCCCAACCGGUCGAGGCAGAUGGCCGCCCACAUCCAGUCUGGUUCUGCUGGAGGUUUCUUUCUCGUUAGAGAGGGAGUUUUUCCUCUCCACUGUUGCUGUCAAAUUACUUGCUGUAUGUGGGAUUUGUUGGGUUUAGUCGUGUGAGGUUUUAAACCUUACUUUGUAAAGUGCCUUGAGAUAACUUUGUUGUGAUUUGGCGCUAUAUAAAUAAAAUAGAAUUGAAUUGAAUUGAAUUGAAUUGAAAUGGAAUUGAAUUGAACUUCAUCUCAAGGUCGGUGCCCUGGUCGCUUACCGAUCAUGCAGGGGCUCAUGCUGACUGAAAAAGACAACCUGCAUCUGUAAGUAGAGAAACACUCCACUACUUGUGUUACUACUUGUAACUUUAGCAGGUAUUUUGGUGAACUUAGUAAUAGGGCUGCAACUAAUGAUUUUUUUGAUAUUAUUUUGAUUAUUUUUCUUUAAAUCUCAAACAAAACACAAAAUCCAGCGUUUGAAUAAUAAAAUAAACAAAGGAAUACUAGAGUUUUGUUCCAAUGUGAAGAUCUGCAGCAGCUCCAUCAACCUGUGGUGGCACCGUUCAUCACUGUGUAGUGAACGAGAUGAUGUGCAGUCAGCUGACGCUUGUGAUGGAACAGAUUAAGUAACAAAGUAACAUUUAACACAGCGGCACCUAAUAAAGAGUCUUCACGUGAUGAUAAACAGCGUUUGUCACCGCUGCUACAUCCGGGACACUAGUGUUUUAUUUCUACAGUACAUUCUCAUGUGUCGCUGUAGUAUUUACAAACCACCAGCUGAUCUUUGUGUGACUUGCAGGGUAACGUCGUCUUUGUUUAUUUUUAAAGCUCAUAUGAAGGAAUUAGGGCGCAGCCUUUCUCCUGCUGCCGCUUGGUUUGUUUUCUCAGGCAUUUUUGCCACUACAUAAUCUCCCAUCUCCAAACACAGUUGUGAUCUCUAAGUACGGGGGAAAAAGCAAAAUUUAAUCAAAAACACAGGUGAAAAACUAAUAAUCCACUCCUUCACUGCUGAAUAUGGAACUUGCUUUUUGUGCUGUUAAUGAUGACCAGUUGUGGUUAUAUAGCAUUAUUUGCACAAAACAAGACAUUUAGAUGUUACGGGAUAAAAGUAAGAAAUCAAAAUGAUAUGUGUUUAAUGUACUGAAAUAAAGGACCUGUCUUCUCUUCUUCUCUUUAGGUUCCGUCCUGGCCAGCGUCCCUCCACACACUCCUUCCUUUAACACUCACCUCGAUAACUCCCCUUACCUCCGGCACAUUAUUGUGCCUAGCCUUAAUCUAACAUACACACACACUAAUUAAGUAAUUCCAUUAAUACACACACGCAAACAGCAACUCCCCACAAACUCACAGUUGCUUUUUGUAUCGCGUCAUGAUGCUGAACCAGGACUUUUUUCAGAGGCUGAAGUUACCAGAUCUGGAUGAUGUUAGUCAAUACGUCAGGAAUGUUUCUACCCCUGUGCUCGUCAGUGUGGGGGCAAUGGCUGCUGCAACCACCUACUACCUGGCAACACGGCCCAAAACCAUACCUCCGGUCUGCGACCUCCGCAUGCAGUCGGUGGAGAUUCCAGGCGGAGAGUUGGCACGGCGAUCAGUUCUGCAGGAUGGAGACAGCUACUUAACACAUUUCUAUGACGAUGCCACAACAAUGUACGAGUUCUUCCUCAGAGGGAAAAGAGUCUCCAAUAACGGCGCCUUCCUGGGCUCCAGGAAACCAAAACAGCCUUAUGAAUGGAUGAGCUACAGAGAGGUGCUGGAGCGAUGUGAGAAUUUGGGUUCAGCGUUUCUUCACAAAGGACACUCCAAGGCCAGCAACCCACACAUUGGCAUUUUCUCUCAGAACAGACCUGAGUGGACCCUCAGUGAGCUGGCAUGUUACACCUAUUCUCUGGUCUCAGUUCCGUUGUAUGACACGCUAGGGACAGAAGCCAUCGCCUACAUUAUAGAUAAAGCUUCCAUCUCAACUAUAUUGUGUGAUGUGCUAGAUAAGGUCAGCCUGGUGCUGGAGUGUGUUCAGAACAAGACACACUCCUUGAAAACCAUUGUUUUAAUGGAGACACCCAGCAUCGACCUGGUCAACAGGGGGCAACAGGCAGGAAUCCACAUCCUCAGUCUGCAGGAGAUGGAGGCUAUGGGCAAGGCCAACCAUCAGCAACCAGUUCCUCCUCGACCUGAGGACAUGGCAGUCAUCUGCUUCACUAGUGGAACAACAGGUAAUCCAAAGGGAGCCAUGCUGACACACCGCAACAUAGUGUCCAACUGCUCAGCCUUCAUUAAAACAACAGAGCAUAGCUGUCCAUUGAAGUCCAGUGACAUCCAUAUUUCCUUCCUUCCCCUGGCUCACAUGUUUGAGAGAGUAGUACAGGGAGUCAUUAUGUUGCACGGAGCCAAGAUUGGCUAUUUCCAGGGAGACAUUCGUUUUCUAUCCGAUGACCUCAUUACUCUGAGACCUACUGUGUUCCCUGUGGUGCCUCGACUUCUAAACAGGAUGUAUGAUAAAAUUUUUGGACAGGCCAACACCUCUUUGAAGCGCUGGCUUCUGGGAUUUGCCUACAGGAGGAAGGAGGCUGAGAUAAUGAAAGGCAUUGUAAGGACAGACAGUAUCUGGGAUCAGCUCAUCUUCAGGAAGGUCCAGGCUAGCCUUGGAGGCCGCGUGCGCAUCAUGAUCACAGGAGCUGCUCCCAUCUCCCCUACUGUCCUCACCUUCCUCAGAGCUGCUGUGGGCUGUCAGUUCUUUGAAGGCUAUGGCCAAACAGAGUGCACAGCUGGGUGCACCUUGACUGUUUCCGGUGACUGGACUGCUGGCCACGUUGGUGCUCCACUGCCCUGUAACUCUGUUAAACUGGUGGACGUUCCUGAGAUGAAUUACCUGGCUGUGAAUGGAGAGGGAGAGGUAUGUGUGAAGGGUUCCAAUGUGUUUCAGGGUUAUCUGAAGGACCCAGAGAAGACGGCAGAGGCUAUUGAUGCAAAUGGAUGGCUUCAUACUGGAGAUAUUGGAAAAUGGCUCCCGACUGGCACACUGAAGAUUGUGGACAGGAAGAAGCACAUCUUUAAGCUGGCUCAAGGGGAAUACAUUGCUCCUGAGAAGGUAGAGGGUGUGUACCUGAGGAGUGAUGCAGUAGCACAGGUCUUUGUGCACGGAGACAGCCUGCAGGCAUAUCUGGUCGCAAUAGUAGUCCCUGACCCUGACUUCCUGUCUGGCUGGACCAAGAGGACUCUAGGACUACAGGGCAGCUACCAGGACCUAUGUGCCAGAGCGGAUGUCAAGGCAGCCAUCAUGGCAGACAUGCUACGCCUGGGCAAGGAAGGGGGCCUCAAGUCCUUUGAGCAGGUGAAGGCAAUCUACAUCAACACAGAACUGUUCUCAAUUGAAAAUGGCCUGCUUACUCCAACAAUGAAGGCAAAGAGGAACGAAAUACAACAACGCUUCAGGCCACAGAUAGAUGAGCUGUAUUCUGGCAUCUGAGCGCAGGAUGUGACAGAAGGCAAAAGAAGCCAAACACCCGUGUCCUGUAACACUAGAAACGCAUCUUGAUCAGUAACCGAUUAUUCAUUAUACCUAUGUCCAUUGAUCAACGUCUUGCCCAAACUAUGUACUGUACAAAAUGUGUAAAAGCGUGUUGUUCUAAUCCAGGGGUGUCAAACUCCCUGGAGGACCGCAGUUUGAUAGUGUCUUGCAAUACUAUCACCAUAACACCAUUGAAACGAACUGAUUGUCCUUUGUAGCGUCAUAAAGCUCAGGAAUUUUUGCACACUACCUCCUAUGCCCACUCACUCGUUUGUUUAAAAAGCUGAAGAAUGCCGAGAUAAGUUCUCUAAGCGUCAUAUACAAUUUAUAACGUGAAGGCCCUCACGCCUCUGGCACUGAAAUAUAAACAUUUCAGUGCCAGAUUUGUCACAUGACAUGAUUUAACUCUAUGGACAAACUGGACAAACUCAAUUUGUCCAUUUGAAGAUGAUAUUCACAUAUGAUAGCAGGAUUAUUUGUGAUGGGAGCCUAGUUUUAUGAAUAACAUUGACUCCAAGAUCCAUCCAGAAGCACUCCUACCACGACCGUGAACCGUAUUCAAUAACCCAUACAAAAUGAAGCCAUUGACAGGUAGACUGAGAAUAUGCAAACACUGAUAUGGAAAGUAAGCAUUAUAAAGAAAUCUGUUUUAUUAAAUUAUAUUAGAGUAACUUCAUACAUUUUAACACAUUGUUUACAAAUUAAAUGUUAUGUCGUUGAGACAUUAAUUUUAUUUCACAUAAGUUCUUUUAACUGUGGUCUUGUGUGUCAUUUCACUUUUCAGUAAAUAUUUUCAUUAAAAAUCUUUAAAGAAAUGGA